CUUUAGCACUGCCAUUAGCCGUGGCAACAUAUUCAGGUUGAAACUCCCGUCAGAAUUGACAGAUUCAGUGGCUUCAGGAUUAUUAGUUGUCCCAGAAUCAAAUCUCCUAUGGUUUUUCCUGCCUGUUCAAGCAAUCUAGUUGCUGCUGUAGUAUCAUCCCUCCAUCUCUCCAUUGACACCCCACCUUUAUCUUACUAGCAACCAAGUUUCUGUAACUAAAAUUGCGCAUUCCACCAACUUCAUCCAAUUCUCUAAAGUAUAUAAAACCUACCCUUGUCUCCACUUUCCUACAUCAAAAAUACUUUCAAGCAGCAAUUGCAAUUACGUUUAUCAAUAGCUUUAAUCACUGCCCAAAACACACUACAAUGAUGAAAAAGCAAUCUCUCUUCUCAUUUUCUCUUCUUGUUCUCUUCCUUCACUUUACAAAAAUCCUAGCCCAGUCACCUGCUGCCUCUCCGGCCCCAGCCAAGGCACCAGCUGCAGCCCCUCCACCGCCUCCUGCAGCUACUGCACCGGCACCAGUUAUGGUACCAGUACAGCCAUCAAAAGGCCCUCUCAAUGUUGUCAAAGUCCUACAGAAGGCUGGCCACUUCACAUUCUUUGUCCGACUCAUAAAAACCACCCAGGAAGAUAUCCAAUUAUUCUCCCAACUCAACGACUCAAGUGAUGGAGUGACAAUCUUUGCUCCAACAGAUGGCGCAUUUUCAACCAUCAUCAAGUCAGGCACUCUUAACUCUUUAUCCGAUCAGCAAAAGAUUGAGUUAGUGCAGUUUCAUAUACUUCCAAGAUUCCUGUCAACUUCCCAGUUCCAAACUGUGAGCAAUCCCUUAAAAACACUGGCAGGAUCGGGAAGUGGAUUUGCCCUCAACGUAACAACAACUGAGAGUUUAGUGAAUGUAAGUUCAGGACUUACCCAUACAUAUGUUUCAGGAAUUGUCUACACAGACGGAAAGGUCGGCAUUUAUCAGGUUGAUAAGGUUCUGCUUCCUGUAGACCUGUUUUCACCUAAAGCCCCUGCUCCAGCGCCAACUCCACCAAAGCCUAAGACGGAUGAAGGAGAAGAGACUCCUGAUGUUCCUGAGGACAUUUCUGGCGCAGUACUAAGCCAGCAUCAUAAAUUGGUGAUUGUUGGUAUAAUUGGAAUGGGGAUUGCAAUAUUUUCUUUGUGACAUAAACAGUACUAUUGAUCAGGUUGAGUUCUUCAAUGGUCUAUGAUAUUGCUGAUUUGGGAUAGGUGAAUGCUGGUGGUAGUUUUCAUUGUAUACUUGUAAAGUAAGUUUGUGAAUAAUUUUGAGGAGUUCUCCUCUUGUACAUUUUUCUAAUUUCUUUCCUCUUUGUCGUCCAUGUAACUUGUGAAUUUUGUGAUGAAUAUCAAAAAAGAAAAAAAGAAAAAAAAGAUUUUGUGUUGA